CACCCGGGGCCCAACGCGCCGCCUCCAUCUUGUGCCGCCGCCGCCGCCGCCGUCGCGACAUCACCGGCCCCGGGACAGGCCCCGCCUCCGCCUGCUCCUUUAACACUGCCCGCGGCAGGACGGGGCCCCGUGACGUCACUCCCAGCCCAGCCAAUGAGCAUCCAGGAGGCCCGGCCGGCUGUGACCCCUCCCCGAGGACCCCCGGAGCAGCAACACCCAGUCCAUGAGGGCCCCGCGCACAGGUGGCCGGCGCGGGGAUGGCUCCGGUCGUGGAGGUGUCGGACGCCGGGCACUGCCGGGCGCUGCUGCUGGAACUGAACGAGCAGCGCCUGCGGGGACAAUUCUGCGACGUCACCAUCAUCGCCGAGGACACCAAAUUCCGCGCCCAUAAAAACGUCCUGGCCGCCUCCAGCCCCUUCUUCAAGCGAGCGCUGGCCCAGGAGCCCACCUGCCCCUCGCCCGCCCAGGUGUUGGAGCUGCCGGACGUCCAGGCCGGCGUCUUCUCCGACGUCCUCAACUUCAUCUACAACUCUCGCCUGGCCGUGCCGUCGCCGGCGGCUGCGCGGGCGCUGGGAGCCGUGGGCCGGCGCCUCGGCAUCCCCUCGCUGCAGGGGCUGGAGGCCGGGCCCCCGCCGCGGGACAUGAACGGCACCUGGACCCCCCCUCCACCGGCGGGGCCGGCGGGGGAUCCCCGCCCUCCCGCGGCCCCCGUGGACCUCACCUGCCCGGCGCGGCCCGGCGAGACGGCCACGGCCGGCGGCGAGACGGCUCCGACCGGCGGGGACACGGUGACGGCGUCGCCCUCGCCGGCCUCACCGUCGUCGCCGUCAGCGUCGCUGCGCUGCGGGCUGUGCGGCCGCGGCUUCAGCUCAGCGGCCGCGCUGGGAUUCCACGCCAAGCUGCACCGCGGGCGCCGCGGGCUGUGCUGCCGGCACUGCGGCAAGAGCUUCAUCCACGUCAAGCGCCUGCAGACGCACGAGGUCGGCUGUCGCGACGGGGACGGCGACGUGGACGGCACCACUGGCACCGGCACCACGGGCGCCGUCACCACCGGCGUCAUCACCACCGGCGUCGUCACCACCACCACCACCACGGCGGCGGCGGCCGUGGCGGCGGCACCGAAAGCGGCCAAGAAGGCGCUGCUGCUGCGUCACCGCGCGCUGGAGCCGGGCGCGGAGCAGGAGCCGCUGGUCAAGGUGGUGGACGGGCAGGUGCUGUACCUGUGCGGCGUGUGCCAGCGCUCCUACAUGACCCUGUCCAGCCUCAAGCGCCACGCCAACGUCCACUCGUGGCGCCGCAAGUACCCGUGCCGCUACUGCGACAAAGUCUUCGCGCUGGCCGAGUACCGCACCAAGCACGAGGUGUGGCACACGGGCGAGCGCCGCUACCAGUGCAUCUUCUGCUGGGACACCUUCGUCACCUACUACAACCUCAAGACGCACCAAAAAGCCUUCCACGGCAUCAGCCCGGGGCUCAUCGCCUCCGAGAAGACGCCCAACGGCGGCUACCGGCCCAAGCUCAACGCGCUCAAGCUCUACCGCCUGCUGCCCAUGCGGUCGCACAAGCGGCCCUACAAAACCUACAGCCAGGGCGCUGUGCCCGACGGGGCGCUGCUGCCGCCGGCCGCGCCGGGAGACGCCGCGGCGGCCGCCGCCUUCCCCCCGGCGCCGCGGCCGGAGCCCGCCUCGGUCAUCGCCUACGGCCGCCCCGCGCCCUCGGUCAUCGUUCACGGCGGCAGCGGCGCCGCCUCGGUCAUCGCCUACAACGGCCGCGCCGGCGAGGAGCCGCCGGGGCUGCCCGAGGGGCCGGCGGCCGCGCCGGUGACGCCGGCGGUGCCCAUCAAGAAGCAGGUGCUGCGCGAUUACAUCGAGGCGCAGCGCGCGGCCGCCGCCGCCGCCACCGAGGCCACCGCCGCGGCCACCACCCCCCAGAACUCCUCAGGAGGCGCCGGCGGCGGCCGCACCAUGACCUACGUGGCCAAACCGGCGUACGCGGGCUCGGCGGCGGGCGAGGGGCUGUGCCAGAUCACCGUGCGCAUCGGCGAGGAGGCCAUCGUCAAACGCCGCAUCUCCGGCACCGACCUGCGCGGCGACGGCGCCGAGCCGCGCCGCGGGGACAACGACAACAACGACAGCGACGCCGAGGACCGGCCCUGGCGGCCCUACUACUCCUACAAGGCCAAAAGGAAGGCGGGCGGCGGCACCGCCAACCCCGGCGCGGCCGCCGGCGCCAAAAAGCCGCGCUGGCGGCGCAAGCUGCGCUCGCUGCGGUUUGCGCCGGGCGACGAGGACGACGACGGUGACGACGGCGACGCGCAGCAGCGCCGCGGGGACGCGCCGCGCCGCCGGGAGCGGCAGCACCCGUGCCGGGUGUGCGGGAAGAGCUUCCCGGCGCUGCGCAAGCUGCGCAAGCACCAGCGGGGACACGAGGCCGCCGCGGCCGCGCCGGGGACGGCGCCGGUGCCGCCGGCGGGGCGGGUGGGGCGGCGGCCGUCGCUGCGCUUCGCCUGCCCCACCUGCGCCAAGGUGUGCAAGACGGCGGCCGCGCUCAGCCGCCACGCCCAGCGGCACCGGCGGCGCUCGCCGGGGUCGCCGGAGGGGUCGCCGGGGUCGGCGGAGGGGUCGGCAGAGGGGUCAGCGCCGGGGUCACCGGAGGGGUCAGCGCCGGGGUCACCGCAGGGGUCACCACAGGGGUCAGCACCGGGGUCAGCGCCGGGGUCAGCACCGGGGUCACCGGCGCCACCCACGGUCAUCGCCUACACCCCGCCGGCCGCGGGCAGGGACGAGGCUCCGGCGGAUCAAGGGGUGGCCCCGCUGUCCCCUGGCGUCGCCGGUGGGGGUGACACCGGCGGGGGGUGA